AUGGAAAUAGACGACAUCGAUAGGUCCACUCCGUUCCCUUGGGAGCUGGGCGUGUUCGACGCCCACUGUCACCCGACAGAUACAAUGGCUUCAAUCAACGAUAUCCCCUCUAUGAAAGCGAGAACACUCGCGAUAAUGGCUACCAGGGCCCAGGAUCAGGAGCUGGUUGCUCAAGUUGCUUCCAAGCUUUUAGAUCCAGACCUAACGGAUCCUUCCAACCGAGAAGAAUCCCAGCCAGAUAGAAAGGUCAUUCCUUGCUUCGGCUGGCAUCCCUGGUUCUCCCAUCAGCUAUUCGAUGAUCUAAACUCCACGCAAAACAAGGACAUAGAUAAAAUCGAGCAUUACAAAUCCGUCCUGACCCCAUCAAUUCAAGACGAGCAUCUACUCGAUGACCUCCCCAACCCUCGCCCCCUUUCAACCUUCAUCCGGGAGACAAGACAGCAUCUACUCACAUAUCCACACGCACUGGUAGGCGAAAUUGGGCUCGAUCGCGCCUUUCGCAUCCCCAACGCUUGGUUUCCGCAUGAGAUAUCAAACCGCGAUUCGUCACGGACGCCGGGAUCGCGAGAAGGUAGAACCCUUUCACCUUACCGCGUGCAGCUGUCCCACCAGAAAGCCAUUCUGAAAGCUCAGCUUCAACUAGCCGGGGAACUCCAGCGGCCGGUAUCUAUCCACAGCGUGCAAGCGCAUGGUGCGGUACUCCAAGUCCUUCAAGACUUGUUCAAGGGAUACGAGAAGCCUGUUGUAUCCAAACGGCAGCGCAAAAGACGGGGUAGCGUUGAGGGUGCUCAUGAUGGAGAGAGCGAGGAUGCGCUAGAUAGUAGUCGCCGUGAGGCAGGCGAUUCACCUUUGCCUUUUCCGCCAAGGAUAUGCAUGCAUUCAUAUUCUGGUCCCGUGGAGCCCUUACGACAAUUCUUGCACCCGUCCAGUCCCGCGGAUGUGUAUUUCUCGUUCUCCAACGUUAUUAAUUUUUCGAAUGGGCCAGCGUCCAAGGUCGUGGAGGUGCUGAAGGGAAUCCCUGAUGAUAGGAUUUUGGUGGAGAGCGAUUUGCAUUGCGCGGGGCCCAAGAUGGAUGACAUGUUAGAGGUUAUUACGAGGAGUCUAUGUGAGAUUCGGGGCUGGGGCCUGGAAGAGGGUGUAAACAAGCUUGGAAAAAACUGGAAAACAUUCAUCAACGGUUAA